ACUAAACGACAUGGUAAAUUCUUUCUUGUUCAGUCCUGCAGGGUUCUAACAUUCCCAACGAAUAAAGUGGUGCCAAAACCCACAAGAGAGUUUAAUUAUCAGUGCAAACCAAACUCGAUGGAAAUGGCGGCAGAGUCGUCAUCGGCGACGGAAAGUGGGUUAACGGAGAAAAGGGGAAUACCAGCGGCGUCAUUUGUAGAAGAUGUUCAGUCCUAUCUCAAUCAAUCUGGUCUCGAUGUCAACUCUGCUCUUGCCUUUCUCCAAGAAAGACUUCAGCAGUAUAGGGUGGUUGAAAUGAAACUUCUGGCUCAGCAGAGGGAUCUUCAGGCAAAGAUUCCUGAUAUAGAGAAAUGCUUGGACAUAGUUGCUACCUUGCAAGCUAAAAAGGGCAGUGGUGAGGCACUAAUUGCUGAUUUUGAAGUGUCAGAAGGGAUUUAUUCUCGGGCAAGAAUUGAAGAAUCUGAUUCGGUGUGUCUAUGGCUUGGGGCAAAUGUCAUGCUGGAGUAUUCAUGUGAAGAGGCUACUACCCUUCUUAAGAAAAACUUGGAAAAUGCAAAAGCCAGCUUAGAAGUUCUUGUUGCCGAUCUACAAUUUUUGAGGGAUCAAGUGACAAUCACUCAGGUCACGAUUGCCCGAGUAUACAACUGGGAUGUGCAUCAACGCAAGUUUCGACAAGCUGCCAGUCCAAAAGAAUCGUUAUAAAAAUCUAUGUACGUGGUACUCACUUUUGCUGCAAAGAGUACGAGUUAGAUCUUUGUUCAUCGUUUUAGGUUUGCUUGCUUUGCACUCUCCUCUAGCAGGAUCCUGGAUUAUUAUUCAGACCAUCAGUUGUUGGGCUUGUAGCAAUUUUGUAAGAAAGCAAAUAUUUAUUGGUGAGUCUGUGUAUUUACUAGAUGGUUAGGA